UGCAGAUGUUGGACCAUGUCAAAAAUCUUGUUAAGAGAGUGGAUUGUUUCACACAGAACGGAAAUGUGGCUUCUGAUUCUGGUGGCGUAUUUGCUCCAAAGAAAUGUGAAUUCAGGACGAAUGCCAACUAAAGCUGUGGAUCCAGAAGCAUUCAUGAAUAUUAGUGAAAUCAUCCAACAUCAAGGCUAUCCCUGUGAGGAGUAUGAAGUCACAACAGAUGACGGGUAUAUCCUUUCUGUUAACAGAAUUCCUCAAGGCCUAAUGCAACUUAAGAAGACAGGUUCCAGGCCUGUAGUGUUACUGCAGCAUGGCCUGCUUGGAGACGCUAGCAACUGGAUUUCCAACCUGCCCAACAACAGCUUGGGCUUCAUUCUGGCAGAUGCUGGUUUUGACGUGUGGAUGGGGAACAGCAGAGGAAACACCUGGUCUCGAAAACACAAGACCCUCUCCAUAGACCAAGAUGAGUUCUGGGCUUUCAGUUAUGAUGAGAUGGCUAGGUUUGACCUUCCUGCAGUCAUAAAAUUUAUUUUGCAGAAAACAGGCCAGGAAAAGAUUUACUAUGUCAGCUAUUCACAGGGCACCACCACGGGCUUUAUUGCAUUUUCCACUAUGCCAGAGCUGGCUCGGAAAAUCAAAAUGUAUUUUGCUUUAGCGCCCAUAGCCACUGUUAAACAUGCGAAAAGCCCUGGGGCCAAAUUUUUGUUGCUGCCGCAUAUGAUGAUCAAGGGAUUGUUUGGCAAACAAGAAUUUCUGUACCAGACCAGAUUUCUCAGACAGUUUAUUAUUUACCUUUGUGGCCAGGUGAUUAUUGAUCAGAUUUGUAGCAAUAUCAUAUUACUUCUGGGAGGAUUUAACACAAACAAUAUGAACAUGAGCCGAGCAAAUGUAUAUGUUGCUCAUAAUCCUGCUGGAACAUCUGUGCAAAAUAUUCUACACUGGAGCCAGGCUGUGAAUUCUGGGGAACUCCAGGCAUUUGACUGGGGGAGUGAGACCAAAAAUCUGGAGAAAGGCAAUCAGCCAACUCCUGUAAGGUACAAAGUUAGAGACAUGACGGUUCCUACAGCCAUGUGGACUGGAGGUCAGGACUGGCUUUCAAAUCCAGAAGAUGCGAAAGCACUGCUCUUGGAGAUGACCAAUCUCAUUUACCACAAGAACAUUCCGGAAUGGGCUCACUCGGAUUUCAUCUGGGGUUUGGAUGCUGCUCAUCGCAUGUACAAUGAAAUCAUACAUCUGAUGAAGGAGGAGGAGACCAACCUUUCCCAGGGAAUGUGCAGGGUCAGAUUAUGAGGUAUCGGACAGUGACAAGCCUUAGGAGAAACCUCAUGGAAAAUGGGGCUGGGGUCCAGGAAUGGAGGAUUUUAAGGAUUUUUGAAAUUGGAAACCUACCACAUCAGUAGAAGGGAGGUAGAGAAGGGAGGGCAGAGAUAGAGUAGAUGUUCCUUCAGAGUUCCUGCAUUUGGCAC